ACGUAUUCAAAGAGGAAACAUGGCGCUUCCCUUCAGCUGUCGUCUUUUCGUGUCGCAAGGACUUUGUAUAAAGCGGGUGUUAAGUGAUGGAGUGAGGUCUCUCUGCACGGCAGGUUUAUCUGGGUGUAACCCGCAGUUAUCGGUCACAGCGCCGGGGCACGAGUUUAGGAGACGGAGGUGUUUUACUUUAGGCAGAACUGCGCCGUACGUGGAUGAUGAAGGUGUGAGUGACCGGACCGGCUGCAGGUUUGCAGUGCUGAGUGCUGUGGCUUUCUCCCUGUUUGGCAGCAAAGAUGAAAGAACGGAGGCCCAGAAGAUGGAGGAUGAGAUUAUUCUCCUGUUAAAGAAAGCAAAGUACAGCAUGAUGCUCGGGGAGCUGGAAGCGGCGAACGGCUUCUUACAUAAAGCAGUUCGACUCGCGCAUCAGAGUCACAACAACGACGCCAUCAUCUACACCUACAGCCUGAUGGCCAACUUGGCCUUUAUUCAAGGUGAGCUGGACAAUGCUGAGAAACUCUUCAAAGCUGCAUUGAGUUUCAUGCUGUCUGGAGGAACAGCACAGGACGACAACGCAGUCAUCGAAAUGUCCCUGAAGCUGGCCAGCAUCUACGCCGCUCAAAACAAGAAUGAGCUGGCAGAGCAUGGCUUCCAGUUCUGCACCGAGUCCCUGGAGGCCAAGCUGGAGAAGCAGAAGGAUCUUCCACCAGAUACCAUAUCAGCAGAAGAGGAAAGGAAGGACACACGGCUGCUGCUUGGCCUCAGUCUGGAUGCCCGAGCGCGAUACCUGGCAUCCUUUCGGCACUUCACAGGAGCGUGCAGAGACUACCGUCACGCUCUGCAGAUCUGCCAGGAAGAGCAAGGAGAAGCCCAUCCUCAGACGCUGGUCUUGAUGAGUGACUUGGCCACAGUGUUGGACCUACAGGGGAAGCACGAUGAGGCACUGGCUCAGGUCAGGAAAGCUGUAGAGCUGGGCCAGACAGCCGGCCACCCUGACCAACACAUACUGCUGGGAAACAUGGCAGGCAUUUUAAUGCACAAAGGUGAGUUCGAGGAGUCUGUUAAGAUGUACGAGGAGGCUUUGGCCCUGGCGCAGGAGGCUGGUGACGUUGAGGCUGUUGAGCAGUUUCAAGAGGGACUGAAGGAGUUGAGCAGGAGGAGAGAGGGGAAAAAACAGAGUUCAAACAAAGAGCCAUCACACAAGCAGUGACCACACACUAAACACUCAUACUCUGGAAGUAUGAACUCCUUAAAUGGAAUUAUUGAACAUGGAGGAGAGACUUGAUUGUGUGUGUGAUCCUUCAUCAUGAUCAUCUUCCUGUUCCUCCAAGCGCAUAGCACACUGGAUUCUUAUUAGUGAUUAAUCUAAGCUCUGUGGUGUUAAUUUAAGAAUGAAGAUGUAUGUAGGUGUUGUUUGUUUACAGUUCCUCUGGAAAAUCUAAAACGGGAAAGACGGUGACUCAGGAAGUGCUGAUGGAGACAACGUGAUAACAUGUCAGAUCUGGAAAAUGCCUCACUCGUGUCCUGCAUUAUUUGUAGGUGGUGUUCCUAAAGCAACCCCGCUUACUCCUCUAUCGAGUUCUUCUAUCUUUGACGUGGCAAACGACAGUGACAUACGAUACGGCGUGUGUGUAUUUUGUGUCAAUUAAACGAUCUAAUCUUGCGGUAUUUAGUGAGUGUUGUACAGACCGAAGAUCCCUCAAGUAAGAUGUAACUGAUGGCGGAUGCAAGCCUUUAAAUCUAUUCUGACUUUGUGGUUGUUAUGCAACUGUUAACUAUUGGUUUCUCCUUUUACCCUUUAACCACAGUUUAGUUUUUCUCAUCACAUGUUUAUGAAACAUUUAAGCUCAAAGCCAUGUCGGGCUGAUUGGCCUUCUGUGACCUGAUUAACUGUUGCAGAGUUGUAGUAACAAAGAUAAAUGUUUAACACCUACUCUUUUCAUUAGUAACAAAGUAGACCAUCUCUCCUUGUGUUUUUGUCGCACAGACAGCUUUCACUGUAUCUAGACAUCCAGUUGUUAUUAUUGCAGCAUGGGUCAUUUAAAGGUAAUUUCCAGCAUGUAACGUAAAAUAUUUUUCCGGUUUCGGGAUUCGAUUCCUGCCUUCACCCUGAGUUCACAUCUUCUUCUCCCUGUUCUUCAUGGGUUUUCUCCAGGUUCUUCAGUUUCCUCCCUCACUCAACACAGACAUGUGAUGCAGGCUGAUUGGCAUCUAUAAAUUGUCUAUAUUGUGUCCAGGGUGUCCAGCACCUUGUUCCACCGAUAGACUCCAGGCUCUCUGUGACCCUGUAAAGGAUAAGCGCUCCAGAAAAUGAAUGAAUAAAUGUUUGUGUGUAGUGAUUCUGCCUGUUUUUUUGGCUGUUGCUGUAUAUUUGUUCUACAUAUGAGCCGCUCUGACAUCACAAACAUUACUAGUGAAGUCACGAUGGCAUUUAACAGGAGAAUAUUUUCAGAGUUGACUUUCCUAUUCACCAUUUUCCAAUGAUGUUCAAUGUCAUGUUAAUGAGAAGCGAAAAGAGCUGGAUGUUGUAGCUAUGUGACACCGUUGUGUUUAGUUGCAACAGAAACCGCUGCUUGAUGAUUGUACGAGAUGACAAUCUUGAGUUAUGUAUAUGAAAUGUGCAGCCUGGGGAGCUUAUCUGUUUGAGCUGUGAAUAGAUAGAGAGGUCUCCUUUUCUUGUUAAGGGCAGUGGUAGCUCCGUGGUGAAGAUGCCAGACUACUGAUUUCAGAUCUUAGUAUUGUCUUAAAACUUAACUGCUUAAGGGAAAUAAAAAUAUAUUUUGCUCUAGGUUAGGGCUUCUGCCAUAGGCUGUAAAUGUAAAGAGGCGAGACAAUUUGGUCAGAUUGUGAGGAUUAAAGCACUGCUGCAUCACUAAGGAUGAGCUGAAGUCCUAAUGACUCCACUGUCAACGUGUCAGCAGACUGCAGUUGUGAGUAAUGUAGGCUUGAAUGAAACCAGAUGACCAUGUGUAUAAACGCCACUGGAGAUCAUUAGUUGCAUGUCAAAGUGAAAUUUUCUUUUAAUGACUUGGGUAAGCAUGGAGGAGU